AUGUAUGCAUUGAGCAGUGUUUUGCAAGAAGCUGCUGAAGAUGCUUUGAACGCCAGCAUCGAUCUUGUCAAGUCAUGCACAACACAACGUCAGGCUGGGGAGAUCUACAAUCGUAUCCAUCACCUAGUAGUUUCCGACGUCUACCUCGCCAAUCUCCUGAUUCAGCUGCUUGGCAAAGUUGGCAGCCCACAGCUCUCCCGCCAGAUCUUUGAUUCAGUGCCUUGCCACAAAAGAGACUCGUACACAUGGGACUACCUCCUCGUGGCCUAUGCCCAAAACGGGCAUAUCAAUCAAACGCAACAAGUCUUCGAUGCAAUGCCCCGGAGAAACCUCGUGUCCAGCACCACACUCUCGCGCUUGUAUGCCCAGGCCGGGGAUCUGGAGGGGGCGAUACGAGUGUUCCAAACGAUGGCAUUUUGUGAUCUCAUCUCCUGGACGGUGCUGCUAGUUUUCUAUGCCCGAUCCGGCGAGGUGGGCGAUGCCGCGAGGCUGUUCGAUGCAAUGCCGGAGGUGGAUCUGGCAUCCUGGACUGCAAUGCUUGGCGCAUUUGCCCAGGUUGGUGAUCUGGAGAAAUCAAAGAAAGUCUUUGAUGCAAUGCCGGAACACGACGUCGUGUCGUGCACCGCAAUGCUGAACUCGUUCGGACAGAGUGGAAAUCUGGAAGAAGUGUGUGGGAUUUACGAGAGAAUGGAGGAAAGAAACCAGGUUUCCAAGACGGCUCUUCUUUCUGCAUAUGCCAACAGUGGAUUUGCUAACGAGGCCAAGGAGAUGUUUAUGAAAAUGGAGGAGUUUGAUCUGGUUUCGUGGAACACAAUGCUUUCGAUGUAUGCAAAAUACGGCCAGAUGGAUGAAGCAAAGGCUCUCUUUGAUCACAUGGAAGAGCGGGAUCUUGUUUCUUGGAAUUCAAUGCUUACUGCAUUUGCCCAAUACUGGCAUAUUGGAGAUUCAGAAAGUUUAUUUCAUUCUAUGAAAGAAAGGGACAUAGUUUCGUGGAAUACAAUGCUUGCUGCCUACGCAAACUUAGGUCUUGUAUCAUGUUGCGAGAAAAUAUUCUAUGAAAUGCCUGAAAGGAAUCUAGUGUCAUGGAACUCGCUCCUUGCAGCAUAUGCCCAAAACGGGCAAAUGGAAAAUGCUGUGAGCAUUUUUACGGUGAUGUGCGAGCGGAAUCUUCUCUCUUGGAACUCUCUGCUGGUCGCAUACAUGCACGAUUCGUAUACAGAGGAGUUCCUUCGGGCGUUUUUUGCUAUGCCAGAGCAGCGAGAUCUUUGCUCCUGGAACACAGUCUUGGCAGCAUUUGCCUACAGCGGAGAAUUCAGUGAUGCUUUCCAGAUCUUUGGCGAGCUUAACAUGAUUGGGAGCCCAGAUGGGAUCUCAUUUGCCUGUGUUCUUCAUGCAUGUUGCCAUGCAGGGAAAGCUUCCAUUGGGAGGAACUACUUCUUUUCCAUGACAGUGGAUUUUGGGUUGGAUCCAUCCAAGCAGCACUAUAGCUGCCUGAUCAAUCUGCUGGGAAGAGCUGGGCAUCUGGAUGAUUGCCAGGAACUUGUAAAUUCAAUGCCUUUCGUCGCUGAUGGCUCGGAUUGGAGGAGUUUUCUGGGAGCUUGCGCUAGCUCCAAGGAGAUUUGGAGGACACAGCGUAUGAGAGAGGUUAACAUGAACCAUCCAGCAUCCUAUGUUCUCCUCUCAAACAUUUUCUCCGUUAAGCAAAAAAUGGAAUUGGACGGCUCAGAUUGA